AUGGGUAGUGUCAUUGGCCGCGGGGGCAGUAAAAUAAAGGAAAUUCAAGAUGCAAGUGGGGCAAAACUCAACGCGAGUGAGGGCAUGCUUCCAGGGUCGACCGAGCGAAUCUUGAGCGUGUCCGGAGUAGCAGACGCCAUUCAUAUCGCAACCUAUUACGUCGGAAACAUUCUUAUCGAAGCUGCUGAACGACAACCACACAGCAGCUCGACAUCCACCUACCGUCCAUCUGGAACUUCGUCCCGCGGCCCCCGAUAUGCACCAACUCCUACUUACUCAGGUUACUACGGCUACCCACCGCCACCAGCCCCAGCUCCUUACCCUCCUGGUCCUCCGCAAACCCAGCAAAUAUACAUACCCAAUGAUUUGGUCGGAUGCAUAAUCGGAAAGGGAGGUAGUAAAAUCAACGAGAUUAGAAGUUUGAGUGCCAGCCAGAUCAGAAUUAUGGAGCCGGGGUGCAAGGCCCUCCCGGAACGGCGCAGGGUAACCCAAAUGAACGCUCGAAUACAGGAACGAUUGGAAUGCUUGUCAAUGAAGUGGGAAGCUACGCCCCCGAGCCCUUCUUUCCUCACACAAACACUCCGUGCCCAAGCUAGAUUCCACGACCCCGAAGGCGCAUCCUUAUUCUCCAAUGCGAGCAAUGUUGCGAAUUAUCGUCAAUGGUCGAAUCGUUCGGGCAACUCCACUCCGUCGGUAGCGAUGGCGGGCGAAGCAGGAAACCACCAACCCGAGUUGCUCGUACGGUCUUCGAGACCGAUUCGGCGCCAGAAUGUACGUGAUGGCGAGGUGAAAAAGGACGGAUACUAUGAAGGGUAUCUGCCUAGUCUUGUUACACCCCGGAGUAAAGCUGUAGGAGGGAAUACGAAGAGGGUCAGGUAUGCUAUUUUGGAGUGGCAGCCCUUGCUGGAUAGUAGCAAUAUGCGCCCAGAAGAUUGGCUGGCGAUUGCUACGGAAAUCGAGCUGAAUUACAGUACCUAUGAUGGAUUUAUCGUCCUCCACGGAACGGAUACGAUGUGCUACACUUCUAGCGCACUGAGCUUCCUGCUGGAAGAUUUGGGAAAGACUGUCAUUAUUACCGGUGCUCAAAUUCCACUUUCUCAACUGAGGAACGACGGAAUCGAGAAUCUUCUUGGAGCACUGUCUAUUGCGGGGCAGUAUGUGAUCCCAGAGGUAUGUUUGUACUUCAACCACACACUCUUCCGAGGGAACCGCGUAUCAAAAGUCUCGUCUUUUGAUUUGAACGCAUUUGCGAGUCCUAAUUUUCCACCACUUGUGAACGUUGGCAUCGAUAUCGUGGUAAAUUGGGGCGAGGUUAUCAGGUCGAAUAGUAUGCAGCGAUUUAGGGCUCACAAAGAUAUGUGCGUCGACGUUGCGACCCUUCGCAUCUUUCCGGGUAUAACAACACCCAUUGUCCGGGCGUUUCUUGCGCCACCCCUCCAAGGCGUCGUGCUUGAGACCUUUGGCGCCGGAAACGCACCCCAACGACCAGAUCUCUUAGAUGCACUAAGAGAGGCGUGCGCAAGGGGAGUGGUGAUAGUUGCUAUUUCUCAGUGCGCAAAGGGUUCGGUCUCGCCUGCAUAUGAUACCGGAAGGACUUUGGCCGAAUGCGGGGUUGUGCCCGGAGGAGAUAUGACACCCGAGUGCGCUCUGGCCAAAUUGGCAUAUCUAUUAUCCAAGAAAGAUCUGACUCCCGAAGGAGUUCGAGAAUUAGUAUCUCAGCCUCUACGAGGAGAGCUGACACUCCCAACUCCCCUCACUCGUCCAACUACAACUGCACUCGACUCGAUUCAAGAUCUUCUAUCUGAAAUCUUACGCCUUUCUCAACACUCUAAGCCUAGCAACGAUUCAACUGGAACGGCUCCAUGGAGCACAACUGCCUCUCACGCAAACAGCACUGAGCUUGCUCUUUUGCCAUAUUUAAUGCAUUUGGCCGUUGCGAGGGACGAUCCAGCGAGCGUCGCGAAUACUGCAUCUCAUCCACGCCACAGACCUCCGCAAAGUGCCCAUGGGACUCCAACAGCCGAACACCCCCAUCAUCACCUGGGUGGGCCUAACCAGUUCGCACAGGGUGCGGCCAAUGCACCGUUACCUGGUUCGUUGCACACACCUUUGCAUACAGCUGCACUACAAGGUUCGACUCGCUGCACCCGUGCAUUGUUGGAGGUUGGAGCGCUGGUGCAUGUGCGGGAUGCACUAGAUCAUACAUGCCUGUUCUACGCUGCGAGGGUGCGGGCACGGGAAGUUGUCCAGAUGCUGGUCGAGGCCGGUGCGCAUCUGGGUGAGACGGACAAGCGGGUUGCACUGGGUAUUGGUAUAUCCGGAGGGAAGGAAGAGCAGGAGAUUUGGAAGCUUGCAGGUCUCGAAGUGAAUUGA